AUGGCCAGCACGGCCGUGCAGCUGCUGGGCUUCCUGCUCAGCUUCCUGGGCAUGGUGGGCACGCUCAUCACCACCAUCCUGCCGCACUGGCGCAGGACGGCGCACGUGGGCACCAACAUCCUGACGGCCGUGUCCUACCUGAAGGGGCUGUGGAUGGAGUGCGUGUGGCACAGCACGGGCAUCUACCAGUGCCAGGUGUACCGCUCGCUGCUGGCGCUGCCCCAGGACCUGCAGGCGGCGCGCGCGCUCAUGGUCAUCUCCUGCCUGCUGUCGGGCGCGGCCUGCGCCUGCGCCGUCAUCGGCAUGAAGUGCACGCGCUGCGCCAAGGGCACGCCGGCCAAGGCCACGUUCGCCGUGCUGGGCGGGGUGCUCUUCCUCCUGGGCGGCCUGCUCUGCAUGGUGGCCGUGUCCUGGACCACCCACGACGUGGUGCAGAACUUCUACAACCCGCUGCUGCCCAGCAGCAUGAAGUUCGAGAUCGGGCAGGCCCUGUACCUCGGCUUCAUCUCCUCCUCCCUGUCGCUCAUCGGCGGCACCCUGCUCUGCCUGUCCUGCCAGGACGAGGCGCCCUCCAGGCCCUACCAGGCCCAGCCCAGGGCCGCCACUGCCACCGCGGCCACCGCGCCCUCCUACCGGCCGCCCGCCGCCUUCAAGGACAACCGGGCCCCGUCUGUCACCUCGGCCUCUUACAGCGGGUACAGGCUAAACGACUAUGUGUGA